UCCUUCGUCUGCCUACAGGGUGUAAAGAGGGUUCGUGGACGGGGUUGAAAUCUUUCAACUUUGCGCACAAAAGCUAUCUCGAGUUUUGUUAAUUAUAUAAUUUCACUAUUGAUUGCGCAUUACUAUCUCCUUCCCACCUCCACGAACUUUCUCAUCACCCUGUAUCUUUCCCUCCUUUUGCCUGAUUUUUCCUUUCAUUCUUCAUUUUACUAUCUGAUUUAAAUUUACUUUUUGACUGGACAAGCUUAAGAAAAACUUAAGCUUCAUUAAAUUGUUCUGUGUUAUUAUUUUCUUCCUCAUAUUCCUUCGUGAACUUCCUAUCUUAAAUCAUCUUUUAUAUCACACCAACUCAAGGCUGGUACAGUGAAAACAACAACAACAUUGUCUGUUUUGCCUUUUUUCCCCAGACUGCAUCUCUAGCCAUUUAUUUUUUUGUGAAUGUAUUUUCGUUAUUUUUCGGUUAAUUCAAUCGAUGGUUUACCAAAAGAGAGUUAAAGAUUUAAUUUAACAAUAAUCUUUUCAACUGUGUAGUAACCAACUCAGUGUCUAUCGAGUUUGGUAAGGACAAUCUCAGUGUCAGCCUUGUUUUCAUUUUGGUUUACAAAAUUUCCACAGUAUAGAGCUUUUUGGGCCUCAAAAUGACAGAUGCCCAUCGUCGGGUUAAACUCUAUGCUUUGAAUGCAGAUAAAAGUAAAAUACGGAAGUAUCCAUGUGGCUAUCCAGGCUGUCAAUGGGUUUUCACUCGAACAAAUCAUGUUGUGCGUCAUCAUGAAAGAGUUCACCCUGGCUUUAGGCCGAAUAAAUCUAGUUCACAUGAAGCAGAAAAAGGAGCAGCAGCAAAACCAGCAACUAAGGCGGAAACUGAAAGUCAUUCAUCGAAGUGCGAGGCUCCAUCUAUCUUCCAUGCGUGCUAUGUUACUGGAUGUAAACAACAAUUUAACACUAAAAAUGAGCUUAAUAUUCAUUUAUUCCAUGUUCACUCGGUGGUAGAACCUGAAGUAUGUAUCAAAGUCGAAGGGCAAGAGUGGAAUGAUGAAGAAAAUACAACCUUGAUGACCAAUAAGAUGUUGAACCGUCGAUAUGUUUGUGAUUUUGUUGGAUGUGACAAGGCAUAUACCAAAAAUUCUCAUCUCAUUCGGCAUAAAGAAGAUUCCCAUAACGUUAUAAGACCUCCAUGUCCCAUCAAGUACAUGAGAUCACCUCGACCUUAUGCUUGUACUUUACCUGGUUGUGAUAAAACUUAUACUAAAAACUCUCACCUAAUUCGGCAUUUAGUUGAAACACAUAAAAUGACUAAACCAGCACCAAAGGUCAAUAGAGGAUUAAUUCCCAAUUUUGGUUCGCAUCUUGCCAAUGCUUUACUUCAAAUAUCAUCAUCUUCAUCGUCCUCUUCAUCAUCAUCAACCUCGCCAUCAGUAGUAACCUCACCUUCAGCAGUAACCUCAACAUCGACAUCAUCAACAACGCCUAAUCGUAUUGGUGAUGCUCCUAUGAUUUAUAAUGAUAGGCCAUAUGCAUGUACAUUUCCUGGUUGUGGCUGGAGCUUCAAGCGUCAAUAUCAUUUGAAUCGACACAUCAUAACCCAUAGGAUGAACAAUCGUAAAGAUGGAAAUAGAAGUCAUAACAACAAUACCAUUAAUCAAAAUAACAAAAACAAUGUUUGUAAUAUUAUCAAUAAUGCCAGCAGUAGCAAUGAUAAUCUUAAUAACUCUAUCAACAACAAUACUGAAUUAUCGGCUCUAAUCACUGCAGCUCGCAAUCUUUCUGUUGCUCGACCUAAACUUGAAUCAAUUAGUUGGAUUGUUUUAGAAGAUGGUGAUGAUGAAGAUGGCCAGGAAUCGGCUGAUGAGCAACCUACUUUACCUCGCCGUCAUAUUUCCAUUGAAGAAGAUACCUUCUGCUGCGAUUUUCCUGGAUGUGGUAGAAUGUUUGUUAAUUCGCGUGAUUUGAUGGUUCAUUAUUUAGGGCAUUCAGGUCCUUCCGGUUUGCUACUUGGUGGCUCUCACUUAAUUAGGUCAAGUCACUCCGAUCUAACUGAUAUGCUGGAAGAGCCUCCAUUGGAAUGUGUUCUUGAAGAGUUUGGUGAUGAUGACGAAAAUGAUAUCAAUGGUGAAGAUGAUUUAGACAAGGGUAUUAAUGAGUUACCUAUCAAUGGAUCAAAAUCAAGGGAUUGUAAAAUCACUACAACAGCUAGUGAUUAACGUUAAUCAAAACUAUAGCGUUAAAAAGAAGAGCCAUGUUUCUUUUUGUAAAUUUGCUAAUUAUAUCAUCUUUCAAUCCCAUCAACAUCUGCACAACAUAUUCACCAACUUGCACCCUAUUUAGACUUAUAGUUAACUAAUUGCUAAUUCUUCUAACCUCUUCGCUCAUUGAAAUCUCUCGAGUUGUUUACCACAUUAAUUUUAACCAAUUUUGUGGGUUAAAGCUCUCUACAAGUUAUGCCCAAACUCAGGCAUUCAACAUGAAGGAAAUGGAAGAGUCACAAAACCAAGUACAAAAUUGGUUUAAAUCAAUCAACCUUAUUUCACCAUUUUUUCAACGAUUACGACCACUAUCCAUCAUUACCUGCAUUCAAGUAUACGUAUAUACACAUGAAGACAUCACUUUGUUUUCGUCAUUCAAUUAUUUAAAACUAUUUCAAGCCAAAAUCCUAAUCGAGUAUGAUUAACAUAAUAUUGACCAAGAUUUUAAAAUGAUUGCCUGAUUUGUAAUUAUCGUCUUAAAGAUGAGCUCCAAAAGACUUAAUACCUAAUAUAAUCUACAUAUUUAUUUCUUUCACCAUCAUAUUAUUGUUCCAUCUCUGCUCUGUUCCGUGAAGAAUCACCAUCUCAAUCGUAUCACCAAUAUGUUCAUUCAAGGAGGAUUUGUACUGUUGGCAGUUUGAUCAGUUUUCGCAAUAUCAACAAAUUAAAACAUCAACCAAUACAAGAUGUUAACCACCAUUUGGGAAAACUGUUUCAAUUCAUUUUGCUAUUAUGAAUAUUGUUGCAAUAUUUUUGCCACCUUCUACAAAUAUCGAGGGAACAUACAAGCCAGCAAAUCUGAUUAAUCACUCAUCGAUUGAUCUCUCUCUCUCACCUUCUCAUAGACCAUGUUAUCCUAAUAUCAUAACAAUUUUCUCUUUUUAUCUCAUUCUUGCCUUAAGUUGAGAUAUUACCCUAACCUGUAUCUAUGUGCGAAAAUCGAACCUGAAAUGUUUUUCUGUUGAUUCUUACUACCUUAUUAUUAUGAUUGCGAUUAUUAUAAUUAUUAUUAUUAAUCUUGUUAUUAUUUGUUGAAGAAAUCUCAUGAAAUCUUUGUUGUUAUUUCUGUACAUUUUCUUUUUUCUCCUUUUCUUUCUCUAUCAACUUAUUGUUUCCAAUUAUUUCCCUGCUUUUGACAAUUAUCUCAAUUUUGAUUUAUUAUUGUGUAUUGUAAACAUUUUGUUGCUUCUUCCUCUAAAUGCCAUUGAGCUUUUUUCUUGUAAAAAUUUUUCUUUAAAUCAAAACGAAAACAGCAGAAAAUGUGAUUUAGACAAAUAAAUCUAUUGCCAUUGAUGAA